CUGUUUCGGCAUCUGUGUCACUCUCUGCUCCUCUGUUGCUCUCCUUCUCUUGUUCACAGUCUCUCACAUUUGCUUUUCGUUCCUUGUCCGGUUCCCUGCCCUGGUUCUCCCUGAAUGUUCCGUUCUUGUCUCUCCAACCCGUAACUCAGUCGUCCUCUUGUGGUACCUCUCUCUUCCCUGGCCUCAAUUCCCCUUUUCCUUCCUCCCAAUCUCCUUAAUCUAUCCAUCUCUCUUCGUCCCCCCUCCAUCGCUCCCUUUAAUCUGAAAUGCAGGGAUAGGGAUUAAAUCCCUAGCGUUUGUCCGCUUUAAUUCUCUCUCUAUCUUUCUAUCUCUCCAUCCGGGUGCCUCUAGCAACACACCACGCACAUGUAGUUGUUUGAACGGUAUGACGAGUCUCUCUCCUGGAGGAGUGAGUGAGGGAGGGGGGCUGAGAGAGAGGGCAUUAAAAAAGCGGUGUAAUUGAGGCUUGAUGAGUAAAUUGGAGCGAGAGGGAAGAGUCAGAGACAUGCGUGUUUGUUUUAGACAACAUUGUUAAUAACAGGAGGUGGCCGAGGGCAGAUAGGAUCUGCCAAGCGUGGAUUUGAAGUUUCAUCUCUGAUGUGUACUUGUCAGAACACGAUGUGACGGGCUGACGGCGCCUUCUGGAUCCCGCCUGAGAACUCCAACCUCGGGUUGGACCUUUAGGGAGGGGGUGGGUUGGGGUACAGGGAAGACGGAAAGUCAAUCAGGGGAAGGGAACCACGGUUGAGGGGUAAAGCGUGGCACUUCAAAAACUCCAAGGAGAGGGGAUGGGAAAUUGCACAAAGCCAUCCAUGAAAAACAGAACGAGGAAGGGGGGAAAGGGGAGAGCGGGAAGCCAGGACGAGUCGUCGGGUCAAGGCAAGGAGUUUAAGUCACCCGUGUCGAAACUGAUCCAGAACUGCACCAUGUUGCACAGCCUGGACGUCCCUGCCUGCAUCUUUCUCAGACAAGGCUUUGUAAACAGCCAGCUCGACAGGAACCUGCGACCAGAGGAGAUUGAAGAGCUUCGUGAGGCAUUUGUAGAGUUUGAUAAGAAUAAGAAAGGCUACAUUGGCUACAACGACCUGGGAGAGUGCAUGAGGACCAUGGGCUACAUGCCCACAGAGAUGGAGCUCAUCGAGCUGGGCCAAACUAUCUGUGGAGGAAAGCUGGACUUUGAGGAUUUUGUAGAGCUGAUGGGCCCAAAGAUGCUGGCCGAGACAGCAGACAUGAUUGGAGUUAAAGAACUGAGGGAUGCAUUCAAGGAGUUUGAUUCUAACGGUGACGGUCAGAUCAGUAUAAAUGAGCUGAGAGAGGCCAUGAAGAAGUUAAUGGGAGAACAGCUGACCAACAGAGAGAUUGAUGAGAUUCUCAGAGAUGUGGACCUCAACAGAGAUGGGCUGGUCAACUUUGAGGAAUUUGUUCGAAUGAUGUCACGCUGAGAUGACCAGAUGGUGUCUUUGGGUAACAGCUGGAAAAUGAAAAAUGCAACAUUGUUUUACCUCUUUUAUGACUGAACACUUUUUAUACAGUUAUUUUUAAGCAGCACCUAAUAAAUUAAGUCAAUGCCUAAGUUUGCAUUGGGAAUUAAAGGGCCACAAUCAGCAGUUUAACUAUAAAAAAAAAAAAUAUCUUCAACAUAAUUUUGCAAAGCACUAGGGGAUCAAGCUGAAGAAAUGUAAUCAUACAAUCUAUGGAUGCAAGAUCUGUCUAUCCAAAUAAUAGUUUUUACCUUGUUUUGAGGCUAUUUAGUAUUUUAUAUCAAUGUUAUAUUUUGGGUUCUGAUAGAAUGGUCUGUAGUUGACUUUCACUGCAGCUCUGUUUGCAUAUAUAAAUGUAAGUUGGUAUGGUGUUAACAAACAUUUGCCAUUAUAAUUGUGAAUUUCCUCACCUGAAACAAAUAUGAGCGUUUCUGCAUGUCGCUGAAACGGGCCAUCUACAUUUCUUGGUUGUAGAAAAACCAGUGUCAAGAAUAUAUAACAAAUUCAUAGCAAUUUUUAAUCAUCAGAAGCAGCCAUUGGUUCACAAUCUCAAAAAGACUAGAUAUCUAGCGAGCUUCCGAGAAUCUAUAGAAACUAGUAUCACGUCUUAAAAAGUCUACUUUAGAAAGUGAGAAGAUAAUUUGACAAGGAAGUAUGGCCCCUAUCAGGCUGUAGAGUCCUGCAAUGUCCUGGCCGAGAGAGGAACAUUGUUGAGAGAAGUCCAAUGGCUUUAUUGAACAAGGACAACCGAAUCUUCCCAAGCAACCAGCAAAAAACCCAACAGACACAAAAUAUCUUAAGAUCAUGCAGCAGGCUCAAUUAACAAAUCAGCUGAACUCUUCCAGCACGAAAUGUAUAAGGCAAGGCUGUGGAUAAUAACGUUCACAAACACCUGUCACCAACUGAGGACUCACAAUUAUCUAAGGAGAGAAAACAGCAUCAUUAAGCUCAUGGGGAAUUGGUAGUUCAUGUGUCCUAUUCUUUAAGGAUCAAUAGGUACAUUUCAUGAACGGGUGAACAAAAAUGUGUAUAGCAACUGCAGAUUUCCUGCCGAAAUUCAAAACUGAUUGUUUGGAAUGAAGGAAAAUCCCAUUGCAUGGACAACAUAUUCUAUUUUUUCGUUUUAAAGAGCUUUUUUUUUGGAGAAAGGAAUGUUUGUACUCUGUAUGUCUGACUAUAUGUGUUUUAAAGUAUGUGAAAUGUGACAUUAUUUUCAAAUUAAAAGUACUGUUUACAAUA